AUGACCCCCCAUGAAGAACGCCUCGUUCUCGAACUUCACUCCAAAUGGGGAAAUAGAUGGUCAAAAAUUGCUCGAAAAUUACCGGGUCGUACGGAUAACGAGAUCAAGAACUAUUGGAGAACCCAUAUGAGGAAAAAGGCACUAGAGAAGAAGAAAAAUAUAUCACCAUCAUCAUCUUCUUCGUCAUUCUCAUCGAAUAGCCCUACUGUCGAAUUCACUCCAAUCACGGAGAACAAGCAUAGUUUUUACAAUACUGGAGGCCGCAACGUGCUAGCCAAUAAUAUUGAUAAGAAGAGUGAUUAUUUUGAGUCCCCAAAUCCACCUUCUAACUCUGCAAAUGGGGGAGGGCAGAAGUGGAAAAUGGCAGAAAAAUCUUUAAUGUUGCACAAUGGAAGUCUGCACGCUGGGCCCCAAUCGACUGCAUCAUAG